CAAGAACACCGCGGUUACGUUCGGUAUAAAAUCACUCUGUAAACUCGAUUCUUAAUGAAGAAAAUGCGUGUCGAGGGUACGAUUUUUUUGACACUUGCGGCGACUUUGCCAUUUUUCGUUUCGGGGGAUGACUGGAUGCACCCUCACCUGUCCAAAAAUCCGAUUAAAAGAUCCGUGGAGGGCAGUAAUGAAGAGAACACCGCCGCCUACUGGACGAGAAACGGGCUAAAAGCGGUGCGAGAAAGGAUAGAAAGGAAGACCAACGAAAACAUGGCAAAAAACGUGAUCCUCUUUCUCGGCGACGGAAUGUCAAUCUCCACCAUCUCAGCCGCCCGUGUGUACCUUGGAGGGGAGGAACAAAGCCUCACUUUCGACAAAUUCCCCUAUACUGGACUUUCCAAAACCUACUGUGUGGACCAACAAGUGGCCGACUCGGCUUGCUCGGCCACAGCCUACUUAUGCGGUGUCAAGGCCAACUAUGGCACAAUCGGUGUAACCGGUGACGUCAAACGUGACGACUGCCCCUCUAUGCUCAAUUCGACCAAUCACGUUWARUCAAUCGCCCACCACUUCCAAAGUAGUGGAAAAUUGACAGGAGUAGUGACCACAGCACGUGUGACUCAUGCUUCCCCCGCUGGGACUUACGCACACACGGCUGAACGUGAUUGGGAGAGCGAUAAUGACGUGAUUUCGGCCAAUCAUGACCCAGUCACGUGUCGCGACAUCGCCUGGCAAUUGGUGUAUGGAGAUACCGGGCGGAGUCUAAAUGUGAUUUUAGGAGGGGGAAGGUCAAAUUUUAUUCCUCAAGGUCACAAAGAUGAAGAAGGUUUUGAAGGUCACAGACUCGAUAAAGUCAACUUGAUCGAACAAUGGCUCGUGCAGAAYAAAGAGAUGGGGUAUAWUCCGCGAUAUGUGUGGAACAGAGAYGGACUAUUACAGACCGACUACAACAACACCGACUAUCUUUUGGGUCUGUUUAAUUCCGAUCACGUGACUUUUAAUUUGAAACGUGACAAAAAUCGUGAACCUUCAUUGGCGGAAAUGACACAAUCCGCCAUUAAAUUACUGAGUAAGUCCCAAAAUGGCUACUUCCUGUUUGUGGAAGGUGCCCGGAUCGACAUGGGACAUCACAAUGCCCAAGCUAGGAUGGCUUUGGAUGAAACAAUCGAAUUUUCAAAAGCGGUCCAAGCCGCCGUUGACUUAACCGACGAAUCGGAUACAUUAAUCGUCGUGACGUCAGACCACGCCCAUACGAUGAGCUACAGUGGAUACGCCCAUCGCGGAAAUGACGUUUUAGGAAUCGCGGGAAAUGCCGAUGACACUUUACCUUACACGGUUUUGAAUUACGCAAACGGACCCGGGUAUAAGGCCAGUCAAGGCCAAAGAUAUGACGUCAGCAAUGACGACAUGUCCAAUGCCGAGUAUCGCUAUCCGGCGAUUUCGCCACUCGACGCUGAGACGCAUGGCGGCGAUGACGUCGCCAUUUUUGCUCAAGGGCCAUGGGCCCACCUUUUCACAGGCGUCAUGGAGGAAAACGUGAUACCUUACCUUCUCGCCUAUGCAUCUUGUGUGGGCAAUGGUACCACGAUGUGUGAUAAUAUCAAAGAAAGAAAUUCGAAAAUCAUGAAUUUGGUCAAGAAACUAUCAUGAGCAGUAUUAAUAAAGUUCCUCAAUUAGAAUUUUUAAUUAUUUCCGCGACAAAAAGUGCAAAACCAUUAAUCUUGCCGACAAUACCGAUCACGUCCGCUACUCUCUAAUAAUGCAAUAUUUGUAUUACUAAGGACAUUGUUUUGCGACCUUUGAUUAAUUGAAAAUAAUAACCUUCCGGUUGGAAGGCUAAAAACUGUGUGCACUCUCGAAAAAAUUCAAAUUUUGUAACGUAAUAAUAGAGUAAUGUUAUCGACUGAUUAAAUAAAUAAUUAAUAAAG